GUGUGGGCACUGCCAGCGGCUGCAGCCAACUUGGAAUGACCUGGGAGACAAGUACAACAGCAUGGAAGACGCCAAGGUGUACGUGGCCAAAGUGGACUGCACGGCCAGCUCAGAUGUGUGCUCCGCCCAGGGGGUGCGAGGAUACCCCACCCUGAAGUUCUUUAAGCCUGGCCAAGAAGCCGUGAAGUACCAAGGUCCUCGGGACUUCCAGAGCCUGGAGAACUGGAUGCUGCAGACGCUGAAGGACGAGCCCGCGGUGAGCGCGACCCCAGCGCCGCAGGUAGAGCCUCCCAAAGCCCCCGAGCUCAAGCAGGGGCUGUACGAGUUGGCGGCGAGCAACUUCGAGCAGCACAUCACACAAGGCGACCACUUCAUCAAGUUCUUCGCCCCGUGGUGUGGCCACUGCAAAGCGCUGGCCCCGACCUGGGAGCAGCUGGCCCUGGGCCUUGAACACUCUGAAACUGUCAAGAUUGGCAAGGUGGACUGCACGCAGCACUACCAACUCUGCUCAGGAAACCAUGUCCGCGGCUACCCCACCUUGCUCUGGUUCCGGGACGGGAAGAAGGUCGAUCAGUACAAGGGAAAGCGGGAUCUGGAGUCCCUGAGGGACUACGUGGCAUCGCAGCUGCAGAGACCAGAGACGGGUGCCCCCGAGGCCAGCAAGCCCACCGAGGCCCCCGUGCUGGACGCUGAGCCCGUGGCCGACAAGGACAUGGUGCUGGCACUCACAGAGAAGAACUUCGACGACACCGUCGCGCAGGGAAUAACCUUCGUCAAGUUCUACGCUCCGUGGUGCGGCCACUGCAAGAACCUAGCUCCCACCUGGGAGGAGCUCUCCAAGAAGGAGUUCCCUGGUCUGGCGGAGGUCAAGAUCGCCAAGGUGGACUGUACCGCUGAGCGGGAGAUCUGCAGCAGGCAUGCGGUGCGAGGCUACCCCACGUUGCUGCUUUUCCGGGGAGGAAAACAAGUGAGCGAGCACAGCGGCGGCCGGGACCUGGACUCUCUGCACGGCUUCGUCCUGCGCCAGGCGAGAGACGAGCUCUAGGAGCCCCGCGGGCAGGCGCCGGCCUCCGGGAGUCACGGCCAAGUUCGCGGGCCGUGUGGCACCUUCUCCGUGUAACCCGGGGUCACUGUGCACACUCGCUGCUGUCAGUGGCGACACACCCCCUUCUAACUUUCUCUUGAUGAAAUUAAACCGUAUCCUUUGAGGCUAAAAUGAAUUGAGAAAAAGCAAAUAACUGGACUGUUUUCGGCUCCUGGGUGAUUCUGUGGCAAGCAAGCAUCCCCCAAAGCACGGUGUCUGGGACUGCCUGCGACCGCUGAUCCGAGUGUCACCGUCCAUUGACGUCGACUUACUAACAAACGUGGUCAGGCCGGGAGCGGAGGGAGAAAGAAGAACCCACGCGCCCAGAAGACACCUCCGUGGCUGCCAGUGGAUUUUCUGUGCCACACCUCUCCCCCCACAAGAGGUUAGCCAGAGCGAAAGCAGGGGUCCUCCUGACACGUGCCUGAGGGUGCGGGUUCCAACGCCGUGAUGCCCCCGAUGCGUUCCUACCCGUCUGGUCCAUUAGUAUCAUUCCAGGAUGCUCCCGUCUCUUCCUCAGGGGCCAAAAGGGCUCAGGAGUUGACGACGUCACCGUGAGAGCCUUGAGAGUGGCUGCCUUCCGUAGAAGCGUGCACGCGGGCAGUCCCGCGCGGCGCCGUCCCAACUGUUAACUCCCGGGGAGGGUCUGGUCCUAUGGCUGCUUUCCUAGGUCCUAGGCCCCCAGGGAGACCCGGAGGCUUGCAGUACCUGCCUCCCUCCUACGAGGUGGCUGACGGAUGAAGGAGGGGAUUCCUUUGACCUCAAGACCAAAGACUGAAGCCGGCAGCCUGUUCUGGUCCCAGGUGUGCACAGUCAUGGAUGCUAGUGUCCUGGGUCUGGUGUCAUCCUGCCGUUAAACUGUCACCACCCCCACCGCCGCCUCCCUGCCCCCUGGAAGUGAGCAGCCAUAGGACUGAGCUCCCGUGAGAUACAGACCUGUCCUGUCCUUUACCAGCGAGUCAUUCUCGGAAGAGCCACUCUGUGGCCCGUGCCCUCUGCCCGCCUCCACAGAGCAGCCGCCGGCGCCGUGUGCCGUGGCAGGGGACAGCCGCAUCUCGAGCCGGCCCCUGCCUUACAGGGAAUCUUUAUUGAUCACGUGUGGUUCACAGAUACUCUUGAAAAACCCAACCUUCUCCAGAAGCCCAGGCCUCGGGUAAGGCUUCGGCUUUGCAUCAUGAGUCUUGUAUUGGAAGAAAAAUCAAAGUGGUACAAUUUGUUUACACUAUACUUUCUAAAUAAACUUUUUAAAAAAAAACAAA